AUGGAGGAACCACUUUUCUUCAAUUGGUUUACUACGGUAUUUGUAAAACACGUAGAACAAAAAAGAAUUGAUUUGAAGACAAACGCUACAGCUUUGUUGCUGUACGAUGGUCAUUGCUCACAUAUAAGUGUUAGAAUUAUUGCAACUGCUAUAAAACAUAAUAUUACAUUGUUUAAAUUCCCAAGCCACCUCACAGAUAAAUUGCAGCCACUUGAUAAAUUUGUCUUCAGUCCUCUAAAAACGUUGUGGGAAAAAAAAAAAUUCAAUUUAGUAGAUCAGCCAUGGGUAAAGGUCCUGGAAGAGUUACAAAAUCCAAAUUUACUGAAAUGCUUGGCGGUUUAUGGUCUGAAGGAAUGA